AAGAAGAAGUAGAAGAAGAAGUCGCGCUCUCGUCUGGUCGCGCGAGCGCGCCGCGGCAGUGACAGACGCCAUUUUAUUUUGAAAGUUAAAAACUGAUGUGGAGGCGCUGCAACUCUUCCAUUUCAUUAAGUUAGUUGUGUGAAAGUAAAAAGAUGAUGAUCUGAACUGUUUUACUGGAGACAUGACGCUACCUUUAAUUUUAAUCUGAAGGACCAUCUACUGGGAGCCCUGGGAACCAGACUGCACCACACACUUGGAAGCCUAUAAUUGUGACACCUUUUGGGGGGGGAGGGGAGCAAAAGUGACUUAUCACUGAAGUGACUAAAGGGGAAUAAUGGUGAUUUUGCGCCGUGCUCGGCCGCCUGCUUCCGCCCCAACCAGCAAUGAAUCUUGACUCGCUCUCGCUGGCCUUGUCUCAAAUCAGCUAUUUGGUGGAUAAUUUAACAAAGAAAAACUACCGAGCCAGCCAACAAGAAAUACAGCAUAUUGUAAAUCGUCACGGUCCUGAGGCAGACAGGCAUCUACUUCGCUGUCUCUUUUCCCAUGUGGAUUUCAGUGGCGAUGGUAAAAGCAGUGGCAAAGACUUUCACCAGACACAGUUUCUGAUCCAAGAGUGUGUGUCGCUGAUAUCAAAGCCAAACUUUAUCUCUACUCUGUGUUAUGCCAUUGACAACCCUCUGCACUAUCAGAAGAGUUUGAAGCCAUCUACUCAUCUUUUUACUCAACUGAGUAAAGUUCUUAAACUCAGUAAGGUCCAAGAGGUGAUAUUUGGCCUUGCUUUACUUAACUCCAGCAACACUGACCUUCGUGGUUUUGAUUUCCCCCAGGAGCGCUGCCCUGUGGUGCUCGCACCACUGCUGUACCCUGAAAAACGGGACAUUCUCAUGGACAGGAUCCUGCCAGACUCGGGGGAGUUAGCAAAGACCAUCAUGGAGAGUUCUCUUGCAGACUUCAUCCAAGAAGUUGGCUAUGGCUUCUGUGCUAGUCUGGAUGAAUGCAGAAACAUAAUCAUCCAAUAUGGGGUGAGAGAGGUGACAGCCAGUCAGGUAGCCAGGGUCCUGGGAAUGAUGGCUCGGACCCACUCAGGUCUAUCUGAUGGUAUCCCACUGCAGUCCAUCUCUGCUCCAGGAAGUGGUAUCUGGAGCGAUGGUAAGGAUAAGAAUGAUGGUUCCCAGGCCCACACCUGGAAUGUUGAGGUUCUUAUCGACGUCGUCAAAGAAGUGAAUCCCAACUUGAACUUCAAAGAGGUGACGUAUGAACUGGACCACCCAGGCUUUAUAAUCCGGGACAGUAAAGGCCUUCACAUAGUGGUGUACAGUAUCCAGAGAGGGCUGGGCCUGGAAGUCUUUCCUGUUGACCUCAUCUAUCGACCAUGGAAACAUGCUGAAGGACAGUUGUCAUUUAUUCAGCACUCCCUGAUGAACCCAGAUGUGUUCUGCUUUGCUGACUAUCCUUGUCACACUGUGGCCAUCGACAUCCUCAAAGCCCCACCAGAAGAUGAUAACAGAGAGAUUGCCACAUGGAAAAGUCUCGACCUGGUGGAAAGCCUUCUGAGACUCUCUGAGGUGGGACAGUACGACCAGGUGAAGCAGCUUUUCAGCUUCCCCAUCAAGCACUGCCCAGACAUGUUGGUGCUGGCACUGCUGCAGAUCUCCACAUCCUGGCACACACUGCGCCAUGAGCUCAUCUCUACCCUAAUGCCUAUCUUCCUGGGCAACCAUCCCAACUCUGCCAUUAUUCUGCACUAUGCCUGGCAUGGACAGGGCCAGUCUCCCUCCAUUCGUCAGCUAAUUAUGCAUUCAAUGGCUGAGUGGUAUAUGAGAGGAGAGCAGUAUGAUCAGGCUAAGCUGUCUCGCAUCCUGGAUGUGGCCCAGGACUUAAAGUCUCUUUCUAUGCUGCUGAAUGGUACUCCAUUUGCCUUUGUCAUUGACCUCGCUGCACUUGCCUCUCGCCGUGAAUACCUCAAACUUGAUAAAUGGCUGACAGACAAAAUCAGAGAGCAUGGGGAGCCUUUUAUCCAGGCCUGCGUGACAUUCCUUAAGAGGCGCUGCCCGUCCAUUAUGGGGGGUCUGGCUCCGGACAAGGACCAGCCCAAAAGUGCCCAGCUGCCCCCAGAGACGUUAACCACCAUGCUGACCUGUUUGAAGUCCUGUGCUGGAUGGACCAUCUGACCGGUAUGAGCUCCUUGAGCCUGGGGGGAACAGCUUCCUCUCACACUCAGAGCAUGCAGAGCUUCCAGACUUCACUGAGUUCAGCUCUCAGUAACCCCCUGUCCCCUGCAAAAGCCUUCCCACCACUCCCUAACCCUAAUCCCAGCACACCAUUCGGGGGUAUUAAUAUCAGCUCGCAGCUCCCUGGUAUGGACUCUGGUCCAUUGGGCUCAGCUAUUGGAUCGAACAGUGGCUUUAGUCUGGGAAUGCCAACAGUAAGCGCUGAUCCAUUUGGUACCAGGAAGAUAAGCACACCGGGCUUGAACCCGCCUACCUUUCAGCAGAGUAAGAUGAAGGCCUCUGAUCUUUCUCAGGUGUGGCCUGAAGCAAACCAGCACUUUAGCAAGGAGAUUGAUGAUGAAGCAAACAGCUACUUCCAGCGAAUCUACAACCACCCACCUCACCCAACUAUGUCUGUAGAUGAAGUACUGGAGAUGCUUCAAAGGUUCAAGGACUCAACAAUCAAGCGGGAACGAGAAGUAUUCAACUGCAUGCUUCGAAACUUGUUUGAGGAGUACAGAUUUUUCCCCCAGUACCCAGACAAGGAGCUGCACAUCACUGCCUGCCUCUUUGGUGGUAUUAUUGAAAAGGGUCUUGUGACCUACAUGGCCCUGGGUCUGGCCCUGCGAUAUGUUCUUGAAGCCUUACGGAAACCUUACGGAUCAAAAAUGUAUUACUUUGGAAUUGCUGCCCUAGAUAGGUUCAAAAACAGACUUAAGGAUUAUCCUCAGUAUUGUCAACACCUGGCCUCAAUUGCUCACUUUUUGCAGUUUCCUCACCAUUUACAAGAGUAUAUAGAGUAUGGACAACAGUCCCGGGACCCUCCAGUGAAAAUGCAGGGCUCUAUCACCACACCUGGAAGCCUGGCUCUGGCCCAGGUUCAAGCCCAGACCCAGUCCCAGCAGCCGGCCAGCCUCAAACCCCCACAGCCAGGCCAGCCCAGCACCCUGGUCACCACCACCACCACCACAACCACAGCAGCCAAAACCAGCACCAUCACAAGACCCACACCCAGCACCUUUAAGAAGGACAUGCCUCCUUCCAUUAACACGACCAACAUUGACACCCUGUUGGUGGCCACUGAUCAAACAGAAAGGAUUGUAGAACCCCCAGACACCGUUCAGGAGAAAAUAGCUUUCAUCUUUAAUAACCUUUCUCAGUCCAACAUGACACAAAAGGUUGAGGAGUUAAAGGAGACUGUGAAGGAAGAGUUCAUGCCAUGGGUAUCUCAGUACCUGGUGAUGAAACGUGUCAGCAUUGAACCUAACUUCCACAGUCUCUAUUCCAACUUUUUGGACACUCUCAAGAACCCAGAGUUUGUCAAGAUGGUUCUCAGUGAAACUUACAGAAAUAUCAAGGUGCUUCUGACGUCAGACAAGGCAGCUGCUAACUUCUCUGAUCGCUCCCUGCUGAAGAACCUGGGCCACUGGUUAGGCAUGAUAACUCUGGCCAAAAACAAGCCCAUUCUUUAUACAGAUUUGGAGCUUAAAUCUCUGCUGCUGGAAGCGUAUGUGAAAGGCCAGCAGGAGCUUCUUUAUGUAGUUCCCUUUGUGGCCAAAGUCUUGGAGUCUAGUCUGCGUAGCAUGGUUUUCAGACCUCAGAAUCCUUGGACUAUGGCCAUCAUGAAUGUUCUUGCUGAGCUACAUCAAGAACAUGACCUGAAGUUGAACCUGAAGUUUGAGAUUGAAGUUCUGUGUAAGAACUUAUCUCUGGAUAUCAACGAGCUGAAGCCAGGAAACCUGCUGAAAGACAAAGACAAGCUGAAGAACCUGGACGAGCAGCUGUCAGCACCAAAGAAAGAAACCAAACCUCCAGAGGAGUUGCUGCCAGUUUCUACUACAGGAGACUUUGUUCCAUUUGCAGCCCCAACCUCAACUCCAGCUGCAACCACCACCACGUGCACUACCACCGGACCCCCAACACCACAGUUCAGUUACCAUGACAUCAAUGUGUACUCCCUGGCUGGCCUGGCACCACACAUCAACAUAAAUGUUAAUGUCCCUCUGCUGCAGGCUCAUCCUCAGCUGAAGCAAUGCGUGCGUCAGUCAGUGGAGAGGGCGGUCCAGGAGCUCGUGCAUCCUGUGGUGGAUCGUUCCAUCAAGAUUGCAAUGACAACCUGUGAACAAAUCAUCAGGAAAGAUUUCGCCCUGGAUUCUGAGGAGUCCCGCAUGCGUGUAGCUGCACAUCACAUGAUGAGGAAUCUGACUGCUGGUAUGGCCAUGAUCACAUGUCGUGAGCCUCUGUUGAUGAGCAUCGCCACCAAUUUGAAGAACAGCUUUGCUGCUGCACUCAGGGCACCGACCCCCCAGCAGAGAGAGAUGAUGGAAGAGGCUGCUGCCAGAAUUGCCCAGGACAACUGUGAGUUAGCUUGCUGUUUCAUUCAGAAAACAGCUGUGGAGAAGGCUGGCCCUGAAAUGGACAAGAGACUAGCCACGGAGUUUGAACUGAGAAAGCACGCUCGCCAAGAGGGCCGCCGCUACUGUGACCCUGUUGUUCUGACAUACCAAGCUGAACGAAUGCCUGAACAGAUCAGACUCAAGGUUGGAGGGGUGGACCCCAAACAGCUGGCUGUUUAUGAGGAGUUUGCCAGGAACAUCCCAGGUUUCUUACCAAGCAAUGAUCUGUCUCAACCCACUGGCUUUUUGGCUCAGCCCAUGAAGAACCAAGCAUGGGCCACUGAUGAUGUGGCUCAGAUCUAUGAUAAGUGCAUAGCAGACUUGGAGCAGCAUCUUCAUGCCAUUCCUCCAGCACUUGCCAUGAACCCUCUGACCCAGGGUCUGCGUAGUUUGCUGGAAGCUGUGGCUUUAGCCAGGAACUCCAGGGAUGGCAUCGCUGCACUCGGCCUCCUGCAGAAGGCUGUGGAAGGUCUUCUUGAUGCUACAAGUGGAGCUGAUGCUGACCUGCUUCUGCGCUACAGAGAGUGCCACCUGCUGGUGCUGAAAGCCCUGCAGGAUGGGCGUGCUUAUGGACCACAGUGGUGCAAUAAGCAGAUCACCAGGUGUCUGAUUGAAUGUCGUGAUGAAUACAAAUACAAUGUGGAGGCAGUGGAGCUUCUGAUAAGGAACCACCUUGUUAACAUGCAGCAGUAUGAUGUUCACCUGGCACAGUCUAUGGAGAAUGGCCUGCACUACAUGGCCGUAGCAUUUGCCAUGCAGUUGGUGAAGCUGCUGCUGGUGGACGAACGCAGCGUGAGCCACGUCACAGAAGCUGACCUCUUCCAAACAAUUGAGACCCUGAUGAGGACCUGUGCUCACUCUAGAGCCAAUGCACCAGAGGGGCUGCCCCAGCUGAUGGACGUUGUUCGCUCCAACUACGAGGCCAUGAUUGACCGAGCUCACGGUGGACCCAACUUCAUGAUGCACUCUGGGAUUUCACAGGCUUCAGAAUAUGAUGAUCCUCCAGGCCUGAGAGAGAAGGCAGAGUACCUCCUGAGGGAGUGGGUGAACCUUUAUCACUCAGCUGCUGCUGGAAGGGACAGCACCAAAGCUUUCUCUGCCUUCGUUGGCCAGAUGCAUCAGCAGGGGAUCUUGAAGACAGAUGACCUGAUCACACGCUUCUUCCGUCUGUGCACAGAAAUGUGUGUGGAGAUCAGCUACCGUGCACAGGCUGAACAGCAGCACAACCCAGCAGCCAGUGCAGCCAUCAUCAGAGCCAAGUGUUACCACAACCUGGAUGCCUUUGUGAGGCUCAUCGCCCUGCUGGUCAAACAUUCUGGAGAGGCCACCAACACGGUGACCAAAAUCAACCUUCUCAACAAGGUGCUGGGGAUUGUAGUUGGUGUCCUGAUUCAGGACCAUGAUGUUCGUCAAACAGACUUCCAGCAGCUGCCGUACCACCGCAUAUUCAUCAUGCUGCUGUUGGAGCUCAAUGCCCCCGAACACGUUCUGGAGACCAUCAACUUCCAGACGCUCACUGCCUUCUGCAAUACGUUUCACAUCCUGAGACCCACCAAAGCCCCUGGCUUUGUGUACGCCUGGCUGGAGCUCAUCUCCCAUCGCAUCUUUAUCGCCAGGAUGUUGGCGCACACACCACAGCAGAAGGGUUGGCCCAUGUAUGCACAGCUGCUGAUUGAUCUCUUUAAGUACCUCGCUCCCUUCCUGAGGAAUGUAGAGCUCAUCAAACCUAUGCAAAUCCUCUACAAGGGCACGCUGAGGGUGCUUCUGGUCCUGCUCCACGACUUCCCAGAGUUCCUGUGUGAUUAUCAUUAUGGCUUCUGUGACGUCAUUCCACCCAACUGCAUCCAGCUGCGCAACCUCAUCCUCAGUGCCUUCCCACGCAACAUGAGGCUUCCUGACCCCUUCACCCCCAACCUGAAGGUGGACAUGCUGAGUGAGAUCAACAUCGCUCCUCGUAUCCUGACCAACUUCACCGGCGUGAUGCCGUCUCAGUUCAAGAAGGAUCUGGACUCGUACCUGAAGACACGUUCACCUGUCACUUUCCUGUCUGAGCUGCGCAGUAACCUGCAGGUGUCAAAUGAACCAGGAAACCGUUACAACAUCCAGCUGAUCAACGCUCUAGUGUUGUACGUAGGCACACAGGCCAUCGCUCACAUCCACAACAAGGGCAGCACCCCUUCCAUGAGCACCAUCACUCACUCUGCACACAUGGACAUCUUCCAGAACCUGGCUGUGGACCUGGACACUGAGGGGCGAUACUUGUUCCUGAAUGCCAUCGCCAAUCAGCUGCGGUACCCAAACAGCCACACUCACUACUUCAGCUGCACCAUGCUGUACCUGUUUGCUGAGGCCAACACCGAGGCCAUCCAGGAGCAGAUCACCAGAGUCCUGCUGGAGAGGCUGAUAGUGAACCGGCCUCACCCCUGGGGGCUUCUCAUCACCUUCAUUGAGCUGAUCAAGAAUCCUGCCUUCAAGUUCUGGAGUCAUGACUUUGUGCACUGUGCCCCUGAGAUUGAAAAGCUGUUCCAGUCCGUAGCCCAGUGCUGCAUGGGCCAGAAGCAGGCUCAGCAGGUGAUGGAAGGAACUGGAGCCAGUUAACCUGUGAGCCAGCUUGUAGAGAGACGCCGUGGCCUUGAGCCAGCCUGCCACCACCACACACACCUCCCACUGUACUGCUGCCACUGGGUGGACUGGUUCCCACAGUUACAGUAGACAGAACUGCUCAACCAUGGAGAGUUGGUUUUCUUUGGGUUUUUCUCCGUUGGCUUGACAUGGAGAGUGACGGGAUUUACUGUUGAAUAGUUAUUUUGGAGUUUUUGUUGUAAAUAUUAAUAAGAGGAGAGCAGGGAAGUCAGGAAAUGGAUGCAUUUCAUGUUUCAGCUAAAAUGUGUCUGUAUUUUCACUCACUACCAAAGUCCUUAGUUUGUUUCCUUCCCUCAACAAUCCUGUUUGUGUUUCAGAGGCUGCAGAGAAAUACUGCCUGCUACUUUGACUUUCUUUAUUUGUCUUGUUUUUGAUUGGGACUGAAAGUUGUGGUUAAGUCUCAGGUGUGGUGGUAGAGACUGUUUUCUGAUGGUUUGUCCAUUUGAAACUGGUUCUGAACGUCUCUCCCUGGCACUUGUACAAUUGUGCAAAGUGAUGGUGACAUCAUAACUUGUAUAAAGAUCCAAAUUGGAAAACAACAAUAGAAGGACCAAUACAGCCCAUUUUGUAACAUUUUGAAUGUUUUGUAAAUGUAUUGGUCCGUGUGUUGUAUUUUGUAGUUCUUUAGUUCUUGCUACUUAACUGCAGUCUGCAUACAGAAAGAAAAUAAAGCAUUCAACUGCA